AUGUCUGCCUACACCAAGCGCAUGGCACUCCUGGCCAAUCGUAUUUUUGUCGAUUAUGGCCGGCCACUGGAUCCAAAGUCUGCUAAGGUGAUUAAAGUUAUGAGCGAGCAGCCGGAAGCCAUCAAAAUCAAGGACUGGUACCCGCCGUUGGAAGAGUUUAGCAACAUCUUGGCCACUCUCCGUCGCUUGGGUCUCUUCCGUGAUGAGCAUGCAGACUUCCGCGAUGAGAUGGACAGGUUGCGUGCACUUCGAGGAAAGCCACGCAAGACGUGGGGCAAGAAGAGUGAAAAAAGCUAA